AGGGGAAAUACAGAUUUAACCGGCUUCACCUUUACUGCCCCCGCAUAAUACGAUUUGCUCUGGCUAAAACAGAGAGAAAGAGAGAGCCUCUGUUUUAAUUUUAACAAGUAAGUUCGGUGUAUGCAUGUGCCGUGCGUAGUAGUGCCUCAAUGUUUGAUGAUCACGCUUGGCAACAGAAAGACACUAGACACUACAGUAGUUACUACUAAAUCUCCCCAUUUCAAGUGUAGGCGAGAGACGGGCAGGCAAGGGCUGGUGUGCUUGUGUGAGAAUGCGUUCUAGUUUCAGUCGCUGUCUAUGACAGCCUGAAUAGGAUUUGAGUGCUUUUGGAGCCAACAUGGUGGGCAAGCAAUAACGUUUGACAGAAGAUGCGACGGGGGUCCUGUCACUUCAGAUGGCUGGGGAUAGACAUGGCACUUCUCUGUCUGGCCACCUACAGCUGGGCCCAGGACACAGAAGACUGGCGGUACGAGGAAUGUAAACUGUCCCGGUCUGGCCCCCCUGCUACCAUAGUGACCAUUGAUGAAGAGAGCCCCAAUGGCACAGUUAUAGUGAAAAAUAUGCAGAUCAAUGGGAGAGCAGAGGACCCAGGCAGGACCAUCUCUCUGACCCUGCUGGACAAUUACGCCUACUGGGUCAUCCUGGACCCCCUCAGACAGAGACUGUUCCUCAACAGCACCGGACGCGUCCUGGACAGAGAUCCCCCCUCGUAUAUCUCUACCGUCGUGGUGAAGGUCCAGUGUACCAAUGAGCUGGUUGGGACAGUGAUUCUCCACGAGGUCCGCAUUGUAAUCAGGGACAAAAACGACAACACGCCUCGCUUUCAACAGCAGCGCUACUAUGUAGCCGUCAACGAGCUCACUCCUGCCGGGACCAUCAUAUUCACAGGCUUUGGUGAAGACAGUGGGGCCACAGACAUCGAUGAUGGGCCUAACGGACAGAUAGAAUAUGGCAUCCAGUACAACCCCAACGACCCAGUGUCUAAUGAAACUGUGGUUGUAGGGAAUACUCUCUCUGGGUACAUUGUUCUGGCUGAGAGACUAAACUACGAAGAGAGAACACGCUACCUGGUCAUUGUUCAAGCCAACGACCGUGCUCUGUAUAAUGCCAACAGGCGAACUACUACGACCACGCUGACCAUAGAUGUUCUGGAUGGAGAUGACCUGGGGCCAAUGUUCCUGCCCUGUGUCUUGGUCAAUAACACCCAAGACUGCAACCCCCUCACCUACCGCAUCACCAUACCAGAGUUCACCCAACCGAGAGAACUGAACCCGCUGGAGGUGACCCCACCUAUCCGAGCUGUGGACAUGGACAGGAACAUCCAGCCCCCCUCUAAAAGGCCAGAGAUACAUUACUACAUACUGGUUGGUCAGCCCUCAACGUACCCAGAGUACUUCUCCCUGAACAGGACGACUGCAGCGCUCCUGCUCCUGAAACCAGUCAGCAGAGACCUGUACACCAAAUUUAUCAUCAUCAUCAAGGCUGAGCAGGACAAUGGCCAUCCCCUCCCAGCGUACGCUGACUUGAUCAUUGAUAUCCUGGAUGAGAACAACCAGGCUCCAUACUUCCAGUUCCAGUCCUACCAGGGAUACGUCAGUGAGUCCUCCCCAGUGGGAACCACCAUCUCUGCUAGCUCCAACCUCACUGCCCCCCUGGGCAUCAUUGCCCUGGACAACGACAUUGAGGAGAGCAAAGACCCCCUGGUGACAGUGACUCUGGACGACUUGAGCACCAUCUUUGACAUAACCCCGACCGGCAUCACCCGCUACCUCAGACUGCUCAAACCCGUGGACAGAGAGAAGCAGAUGACCUACACCUUCACGAUGAUGGCAUCAGAUGGGAUACAGGAGAGCACCCGGGUGACCAUCAACAUCCUGGUGAUUGAUGCCAACGACAACACGCCCACCUUUGGCGAAGUCUCUGACACCGUCGAGGUGUUCACUGACAUGCAGCCAGGAAAAACAGUACUGCAGCUAAAAGCAUUGGAUGCUGAUGAUGGGUUAAAUGGUCUGGUGACCUAUGAGAUACUUGCCGGAGCACAAGGGGAUUUCAUCAUCAAUAACCGCACUGGACAAAUCACCAUCGCACCCAGGACAGCUCUUAGCAUGGGUCAUUCUUAUGCCCUCACAGUGAAGGCCGCCGACAAUGCACCAGAUAUCCAGAGAAGGAGUUCUAUCACCACUGUGUACAUCAAGGUGCUGCCCCCCAACAAUCAGAGCCCCCCACGCUUCCCCCUCUUCACCUAUGACCUAGAGGUCAGCGAGGCCAUGAGGAUAGGAGCUAUCCUGCUCAACCUACAGGCCACAGACAGAGAAAAUGACUCAAUCACGUACCAGAUUUUGAGUGGGGAUAUUCAGCAAGUCUUCAACCUCUCUAAAACGAUAGGCCUCCUGCUUCUGGGAAAGCCUCUGGACAGGGAGACCACUGACCAGUAUCGUCUCAUUGUCACUGCCUCUGAUGGCAACCUAGGAGGGACCUCCACCACCACAGUGAACAUAGUGGUGACUGAUGUCAAUGAUAACAACCCUAAGUUUGAUCUGACCCUACCCAGAAACCUCACUGUCCAGGAGGAGGAGGCAAACAUGUUUGUGGGUCAAGUCACGGUCACAGAUCCAGAUGCAGGGGCUAACGGUCUGUUGUGCUACAGGAUAGUCAACCACCCAGGUUUCUUCACCAUCAACGAGAACGGCAGCAUAUUCACCGCAGUGCCUCUGGAUCGGGAGCUCAGGAGUCAGUAUGACCUGAUAGUGGAGGCCUCUGAUGUGGCGGUGUACCCCCGCAGGACCACCUUCACCCUCUCUGUCCUUGUGAUAGACAUCGAUGACAACAGCCCAGAGUUCUCCCAGAAGACCUAUGUUGUCAACGUCCCCGAGAACAGCCCUGUGGACACUGUGCUGCUGCGUUUCAGUGCGGUGGAUGCAGACCUGUUCUCUAACGUAACGUACCGCAUCAAGUCUGCGGAGGACAUGAAGCUGUUCUCAGUGAACCCGAUCUCAGGCGAGCUGUCAGUCCUGCAGACCCUGGACUUUGAGGACCUGGCUAGUAUGGGUAUGGGGGCCAACUAUACCUUCCAGGUGGAGGCCGUCGACCAGGCUGGGACCAUGCCCCCCGGUGAGGCCACCGUCACUAUUCGGAUCACGGAUAUGAAUGAUUUCUCGCCAGUGUUUAGCCAAGCCCUGUACAAGGGCCUGGUGGCCCCCAAUGCAGAGAAGGGAACAGUCAUCACCACUGUGUUCGCUGAGGACCAAGACCCUCCUGGUACUCCGGCCAGUCUGGUGCGUUACAGAGUGGAAGAUGACCAAUCACCUUACAGCGGUAGCAUCUUUGAUGUCGAGGAGGAGUCUGGGAGGAUAAUCACCAAGGUCAACCUCAACGAACAACCCAGUGUCACCUUCAAGUUGGUUGUGAUAGCCUUUGACGAUGGAGAGCUAGUGAAGGAGAACCGGACCCUGGUGGAGAUCACUGUUCUCCAGCCCUCCAGGAUCCCCAUCUUCACUGAGGAGGAGUACAGGUUUGCUCCUGUCAGUGAGCUGUCCCCAGUAGGCAGACCGGUGGGCAGCAUCCUGGCAGCCGCCAUCAACCAGACCAUCUUCUACUCCAUCGUGGGAGGAAACGAAGGUGGUGAAUUCCAAGUGAAUAACCAGACAGGUGUGAUCUCCACGGCUAAACUUCUGGAUUAUGAGACUGUUACCAGCUACGUGCUCAGGGUCCAGGCUGACUCCAUGGCCGUGGUCAAGGCCCAACUGCGGGUUCCCUCCAAAACCAACUCAGCCAAGGUAUAUAUCGAGGUGCAUGAUGAGAACGACCACCCGCCUGUCUUCACCAGAAAGUUCUACAUCGGUGGUGUGGCUGAAGACGCCAACACCUUCUCCUCUGUGCUGAAGAUAAAAGCCACUGAUGCAGAUACAGGAAACUACAGUGCCAAUGCGUACCGGCUGAUCAUCCCGCCCACGGCAGACGGUCGAGACAGCUUUGUGAUCGAGCAGUACACGGGUAUCAUCAAGACGGCCAUCAUGUACCGCAACAUGCGCAGGUCCUACUUCAAGUUUGAGGUCAUUGCCACCGACAACUACGGCGAGGGUCUGAGCAGCAGCGCCGAUGUGGUGGUGUCUGUGGUCAACCAACUGGAUAUGCAGGUGGUGGUGUCCAAUGUCCCGCCCACCGUUGUGGAGGAGAAUAAAGAGCAGCUUAUUGCUAUUAUGGAGCGAUACGUCCAAGACCAGAUCCCAGGGGCCAAGGUGGUGGUGGAGUCCAUCGGGCCGCAGCUGUUCGGAGACGGCUUUGACCAGAAGGACUACACCAAGUCAGACCUGAUGGUGUAUGCCAUUGACCCACUGACCAACAGGGCCAUAUCACGCCAAGAGCUAUUUAAGUCUCUGGACGAGAAGCUGGUGGACAUCAACAAGGAGUUCCAGCCCUACCUGGGUCAGAGAGGACACAUCUUGGAGAUCCGCACUCCCAACAUCAUGGCCAGAGUGAAAAAGCCUGCCCAGGCCGUGGGCUACACAGAGGGGGCGCUGCUUGCCCUCGCCAUCAUCAUCAUCCUCUGCUGCAUCCCUGCCAUCGUCAUCAUCAUGGUUACCUACAAACAAUUCAAAGAGAGACAGGCGGAAUGUGCCAAAACUGCCAGGAUUCAGCAGGCUCCACCAGCGGGAAAGUCUGCCGCUCCACGUGCCUCGACAGCCAAUUUCUACGAGGAACUGGGGGACAGCAGCAUGGCCUACAGGCGAGGAUACGGCAUACAGCAACUGCUAAGGACAUCCCUGCUGAGACCUGAGGAGCUGACCAUGGAGUCAGGCAUCGACCCAGGCCAAGACUACUACAGGGAUGACUACUAUAAUUACGACCAAGGGUAUGACCUUCCUCCGUAUGGCAAACACAGGAAGCUUAUCUCUCCCAUGUACUAUGAGCAUGGAGAGCUGUUUAUGGAGGAUGACUACCACAGCCCCCAUGGGUCUGAGCCUGGGGUGAGGAUGAAGCGGCUCAAGCUGGUGGUGGAAAGCUCCACGGGAGAGGACAGCGCUCCUGAACCCCAGAGGAACUGCCUGUCUCAUGUCAAUCGCCACGCUAACAUCAAUGGGAACGUCUACCUCUCUCAGAAUGGGACCAUUGUGCGGACCAGGAGGCCCGUGCACCCCAACAACCUCAAGGUGGGCUCCCCUGGCCACCUGGGCAAACAGUUUAAAAAUCUGGAAAUGCUGACUGAGACUCAGGAGAAGCUUCAUCUAAACAGCAUGGGGGAACCGGUAACAGGAAAUGGAAUAGGUACACUUACAGGCAUUACCUCCACCGUUGACAUUAAACUCAGUCCUCCAGCGGGUCCCUGGGGUUCAGCAUCAUGCGCCUUGACAGAAUUGGGUCCAAAUCCAACAUUGCCAAGGCACUACAUGACAGAAUCAGCAGAAGCAACUGUUGUGUAGAUGAGCAGGAGUCGUGUUUCGAAAGAAACGUUGACAUCCCACAGCAACCACACAUUAUCAGAGGAGGAGGAGCUGUGCAUGGGGCCUUGGAACAGCCUGCACAUACCGAUGACUAAAUUAUGACAUAUGGACUGCUGAGUGUUUAUCUUUCUGUUGACAAAGUUGACCAUGUUUUUAAUGUGUUGAGAGAAGGAGCAAAAUAUUACUCUAUGUCUCUGAUGUUUAAGCAGCAAUCACUGUCCAAGACUACCAGUAUGAUUGCACUAACGGUAUUAUUGCACUAUUCUUAUGAAUUGGAUAUUUAUGAGUUUUGAUAUGCUGAUGUUUCAUGUGUCUAAUACAUAUCCCUGAUAUGGCUAUUAUACAGAUCAGUGAAAUUGCUGUGAAGCAAUGCUUGCCUUGAAACAUUUAUGACAAGUAACGAAUGUUGAUUGGUAUUAUCCCUAAAAAUGACCUUGAAGGCCUUUGUCACGCUGGAUGUUGCAUAAUAUGUUUUAUAAGUAUUUUCUUGACUUGGAUGUGAAUGAUGUCUGGAGCCGAGAUACUUGAUAAUAUAGAUACAUAUAAUUAUAAUAAUUAAGAAAUUAUAUGUAUUUUACUAAGAUGGUAUUUUAUUUGCAAAUAAUUAAAUAUUAUUGUUGAUGAUUUUAUGUUUUAAUUAUAUAAAGAGUUAAUUCAAUAAUUUUUGUCAUUUUAUAUCGAUCAGAGUAAGGAGAGACACUUGUAACCUAUGACAUAGAAGUAAUGCAUACAUGUUUGUCAAUACUUCAACAAAAACAAUCAUUAUUUAAACUAUGUUGUUUUUGUCACGUUCUGACCUUACUUCUUUUAUUAUGUCUUUGUUUUAGUAUGGUCAGGGAGUGAGUUGGGUGGGUUGUCUAUGUUCCGUUUUCCAUGUUGUGUUUGACCU